UUUCAGAUCAUUGUUGUUUGCUUGGGAUUUGCAUGAGGGUUGCAGGGUGCUUUGGGUGGCUUGCAAGGGCUUCCUCCUCCUGCCCGCCGGGUCCUGCCAAGGGCAGAGCAGCACCGGUCCCGCCUGGGCAGCCAGCGCCGCCAACUCCCGAGAGGGGCUCCAGGGACACCCCUGGGGCGACGGCAGCUCCCGAACUCCCCACAGCCCUGGUGAGGCUGGGUUGCAUCACCUGAAGGCCUUUAGAAAGCCAGAGGGACUUUCUCCCCUGGCCCUUCUGCCUAUUUCUAGUUUCUGCUGAAGUGGCUGGUCAGGCUGGUGUACAACAGGACAGUGGCUUAGGGGUGAGAUGUGCCUGGGGAUGACUGCGCUUGUGCCAGGGCUUGACGGUGUAAAACUUUGCCUUCCAGGGCCCUCUGAGUUGGUCUGGUCCCUCCUUUCAGUGUAGAGAUUCAUCAUUUGAAGUUAUGCGCUCGGCCUGGAAGAACCGCACUGCUGGCACCUCGGGGACCCUGUGAACUGGAACAGGAGAGGAGCCUGCCGGCAGGUGGAAUGGGGCAGCCAUGAACGGCGAUGCCCUGUGCCAGGAGCCCUCCUCCCCGCUCCCUGACUGGAGGGAGUUCUGCGAGCUGCAUGCCCAGGCAGCCGCCGUUGACUUCGCCCAGAAGUUCUGCCAGUUCCUGAAGGAAAACCCCCACUACGACACCCCCGGGGCAGAGACCUCCUUCUCCCACCAUUUUGCUGCCAACUUCUUGGACAUCUUCAGCCUGGAGGUCAGCCGGGUGUUUGUGUCUGACUCCCCCACCAAGUACAACAUUGUGCCCUUCGUGGGGCUGCAGAACUGCCACGUUCCCUACGGGCGUGAGGUCAACCCAAGGAAGGAGGAGACAUCCACUGAGUCCCUGGAUAGCAUGGACACCCCAUUGGGUGCCGGGCGGUACCUGAGUCCGGCACAGCAGGUGCAGGCACGCAAGGUGUCCUCCUAUGGCCAGUCUCGCAGCUCAGAGGAUGUCUCCAUCCAUGCUGCCACCAAGCCCAAGUUCAAGAAAGGCUUCUCCUUGAGGAACAUGAGUUUGUGUGUGGUGGAUGGCAUGAAGGAGAUGUGGCAUCGCAAGUCCUCUCCGGAGCCGGGUGCUGAGGCUGCCCCGGGCGGCCGGAGAGCCGAGAGGGAGCCGUGGCCCUCCGGGGGCAAGGAGCCUGGUGAUCCACGGGAGAAAUGGACUCACAAGCUGCGACUGUCCAAGGUGCCCUCCUCCAAGGUGGAGCUGGUAGACAUCCAGCGAGAGGGGACGCUCCGCUACAUGGUGGCCGAUGACACGAACUGUGUGGGGAGCUCACAGUGGCAGAAAUGCCGCCUCCUGCUCCGGAAAGCGGUGAAGGUGGAAGGAGAGAGGUUCCUCCUCGAGUUUUAUGUCCCUCCAAAGGCUUCCAAACCCAAGGUGAGUAUCCCGCUGUCGGCCAUCAUCGAGGUCCGCACCACCAUGCCACUGGAGAUGCCCGACAAAGACAACACCUUCGUCCUAAAGGUGGAGAACGGGGCCGAGUACAUCCUGGAGACCAUCGACUCCCUGCAGAAGCACUCCUGGGUGGCAGAUAUUCAGGACUGCAUCGACCCUGGGGACAGCGGGGAUGACAUCGAGCUGGCGUCCUGUGCGCAGGGAGCCUGUCUGCCGGGCAGGGUGUCCUCCUGCAGCUGCGAGUUCCUGGCUGAUGAUGUGCCCAGGCCACCAGACAGAUGUGCCCUGCCCAGCGCUCACAACACCACCAUGGCCACUGCUGUCCCUGUGCCCCACAGCCGGGGCAGGGACUCCUUGGGGGAGCUCCUCACCCACGUCCCACUGGAGAGCUUCCUGCAGACACUGGAGUCCUCCCCCACUGCAGGUGGGCAUCUCGCAGGAGAGGACAGCGAGGCGGAGGCAGAGAUCAACCUCUCCGACUUCCCCUGGUUCCAUGGGACACUCUCGCGGAUCAAGGCGGCUCAGCUGGUGCUCUUUGGGGGUGUCCGGAGCCAUGGCUUGUUUGUAAUUCGGCAGAGCGAAACGCGGCCAGGGGAAUAUGUUCUGACCUUCAACUUCCAGGGGAAAGCAAAGCACCUCCGCCUGUCGCUGAAUGAGAGCGGGCAGUGCCACGUCCAGCACCUCUGGUUCCAGACCAUCUUCGACAUGCUGCGCCACUUCCACACGCACCCCAUCCCCCUCGAGUCGGGCGGUGCGGCCGACAUCACCCUCCGCAGCUACGUCGUCGCCCAGAGCCCACUGCCUGACGCCGGCCCCCCGCCAGCCCUUGUGUCGCAGCCUCCAGGCUGCCGGGUCGACCUGCCACCACCGCACUACUUCUGCAGCACAGCACCCGCCGGCCCGCCGGCCCCACUGCCCGCCGAAGGGGUGGCCGUGGCCCCCAGUGUCACUGUCCCUGCACCCUAUCACCGCCUGGAGGGUGCCCUGGGCCCCCGGAGCCGCAGUGACAGUGCUGAGCGCCGGCCAGAGCCCCCUGCCGCCACUGCCGAGGACUACCACGAGGCUGACGGUGCCCGGAGCCGGACCCGGGCGGUGGAAAAUCAAUACUCCUUCUACUGAGCCCCCCGUGUCUGGGGGCUGGAUGGUGGGGGGAUGCAGGGCACCCAUGCCCCUCACCACUGCGCCAGCCUCGCCACCUCCUCCUGCCACCACCAGCAACCCAGCUGGGAUGUCCUUCUUGCUCCCUGCCACUUUCAGGAGCCAUGUCAGUGGCAGGUGAUGUCCUGGCUGGACCCGGUGCCAGCCCCGAGGUUGGGGCAGUGCUGGGGGUUUGGGAGGCUGGAAGCAUCAGUGCCAUUUUGGAGCUUGCAGCCUGUUCUCUUUCCCUCCGGACCAAGAGCUCUCCCGGGGCCAAGCCACGCUCCCUGUAUCUCCUCCUGGGGAUGCCCAUCGUGGGAUGGCAGCCCAAAGCCAUGAUGGGCUCCAUCCUUCAGCCAAAGCACCUCAGCACGUCCCCUCUGGGGUGAGAGCCCAGCAUGGCCAACAGCUCUUCUGGCACCAUUGCCCUGCAGACCAGCUGCCAUGGGGCUCUGGGGUUUUGGGAUGACUGAAAAUGGCAGAUCCCCAUGCAGAGGCUUUUCUUGCACACACAGAUCUGUGCACCCGAGAGGGAACCACUGCAGAGGCAUGAGGGUUUAUCUAGGCUGGCUUUCAGGCUCCCUCUGGGGCACACAUUUCCCAAAAGGUUUUUUUCCAAAGUUUAAUGAAUUGCAUUCAGGGAAGGUUUUUCCUGCUGUCUGGCCGUUUCUGUUCCUCUGUCCUUUCUCUCCUUGCUGUACCUACAGAGAGUCUGUGGAUAAACCCUUUCUUCCUCUCUCUCUUCCUUGCUUUUUCAAAACCUAAGCUUUCUGCAAGGGCAUCAGCUCAGCCUUCUGCCUUCUCUCUAUCGCAGCCAGGCAGUAUUUUCCAUUGCUCAAGGCAAACAUUGAAAAAUACGACAACGCUUCCGCUUUGCAUCAGUUGUUACUCAUUCGGGAUGUCUUGGGGCAGGAGCAGGGGGGGUGGUGGUCAGAGAGAGGCCAGGGGCUGUGUCUGAAGGUGAGGGGCAGCCUCACCCUGCAGGUGCUUGGCUGGGCUCUGGGGAAUGAAAACACUACACAUCUUCAGUAGAUACUAUUGAGGGUUAUUUUUUUCCUGAGAAAAAUAGAAAUGCCCAGGAAGAGCAAAAGGAAUGGGGCUGCCACCAGGUGGGUGAACAGCCAGCUGCUGCAGAGGGGCUGGCCCAGGCUGACUGCAGCGAUAGGCAGCAUUUCCCUCACCUAUGGCUGAAAUCUCUCCCCAGCAAAGGUAAAACCCUGCCAGCGAUGGUUGUAGCAGCACUGCUGCUGGGAAGGACCAGGAACUGCAGUGGUCACUGCUUCUUGGUGGCUUUCUGAUAGACCAGUGCAACCACAUGUAUCUGCUGCAGAAAAAGGAGGUUCCCUGUCAGAGGUGAGCCCUGGGAGAGAGUGUAGAGCAGAAACCUGCUGUGGCCAGGUAUGCACAAUUUUGUCGAUGCUUUUCUACAGGUCACUGAAGCCCUUAGGGUGGUUUUACAGGCCAGGCUGUUUACCAGGAUUGUGUGCCUCCUGUGGGGUGGGAAACCCUCUGAAAGGGCAGCUUUGCUUGCAGACAGUGCUUGCACAUCCCUCCUUGUUUGCCUCACACAGCUUUUUCUUCCCCAUCACCAGGACUCCUGGCUCUUCCUGUGGCUGCCAGGCCUGGGUGAAGUCUAGCAGGACCUUAGCGAGGUGGCUUUGAAGUGUCUGGAUAGGUCUCUAGGUAGAGCAGGCCCCAUCCUGCUAGAUGUUACCACUUAUUGCAAAGAGAGGUAUGAGCUAAGCCACAAUCUAGCUCAAAACCUCUUGAAUUUGCCUGGAGUUUUGGGUCAGGUCAAAUUUUUUUUUAGGUGCCUUCUUUCCUAAGCUAGCAAAGCAUGUUUCCAGCCCUGGAGUUGUUUGUCCCUCCCACUUGAAGAGGGCAGGGAGGGUGUCUCCAAGGCUCUUUGCCUCUUACCGCAAUGUGAAAGCUGCCUUUCUGGCCCAUGAGUGUGUGAGACAAGAGCUGGUAGAUCUCAUUCCUGCAGCAAAUGCCAUCUUCUCCCCAAACACAUGGCCCUUCAAACAGCAGCAGGAGCGGUUUGCUCUGGUGGGGGUAUUUCUCCUUCCCCAGCACAGCUAAAAUCCAGCUCGGAGGAGUUCAUGCAGCCAGGAGAGGCAAGAUGGUCUUGCUGCCUGGGUUUGACAUGAGCCUGCUUCCUUCACGCACACAGUGAACGAGGGGGGACCUCCAGAUGUGGCACAGACAUUGUCAUUCUUGUUCUUCACUGAGGUCCCAACAGGCUGGGUGGUUGUGAUGGGAGCACUGCCUUACAGACCUUCAGAUGUUGGCUGAUGUUUCACCUUCUGUGUCACAGGAUAAGAAAAGGAGGGGGAAGCAAUGAUCUGCAAGCAAAAAUGUUAAUUUGUAAAUAGGGAAGAGUCUGGAAGAGUUUACUGUUCUGUAGAAUAAAUUAAUUUUAUUUAAAAAAAAAUACUUGUUAAA